UAACAAAUAUCAAAUAUGGUGGAUUGUUAGCGUUUCCCAAACGUGAAUUAUAUUAAAUAUCAAUUUGUCGCGAAAUAUAAUUGAGGAUUUGCCGGUGUGCGGAUUAUAUUCUUUAAGCCGCUUCUUAAUUGUAUAAUUUUUACCAAAAAAUAGCAUAGAUUUUAUUCAAUUUCAGAAAAUCAUGCGUCGUAAGAGUGAGCGUUCCUCGAGUAGGAAAUCUACAUCAAAAACUUCACCGGAAAAGAAAAUUGAGAAGGUAAAACGUCCUAAAACAAGACGAAAGAAACAAUCUACAUCGUCGGAAAAUGAAUCCCUUGACGAAGCAAGUCCGGUGCAAGAACCUGUUGUCGUAGAUAGUGAUAUAAAGCCGCCGUCAACGCCUGUAAAGGAGGAUAGCCCGGAAGAAGCACCGGAUCACGUUUGGCGUGUUAAAGCGACGGAAUCUGCGGACAGUGGGGAAAUACAGAAAUUAAAGAUAUGUCUAACUCGCCCACCGUCUACACCCGAGCGCGCAGAUAGGUCCCCGAGGAGUAAGAGAAAACAUUCGCGGGCGACUAGCUCAAGUGAUGCUACUAGUGGUGAAGGUGUAGAUGAGAAAAGGAAGACCAAACAUCGCUCCAGAAGAGGGCAUCAUGAUUCAAAGGACGAAUCGGAGAAAACUCAGGACAGCCAUGGCGAAGAGCAAGAAGCCGAAAAUGAGGCACAACAAAGUAAAGAAGCUCAAGAAAAUGAAAGUGAGGUUACUCAAAGUGAUAAGGCCCAGUCACAGAUCACAGAAUCAGCAAUAUCCACUACCAAUGAAGAGACAUCGAAUACUGCUACUGAAGAAUGUGGCCAGGCAAAUGAAGAAAACAAUACUGUCACUGAAACAGAAUGUAGAUCAGAUGCUGAUACAACUGUAGCUUCACCUAAAUCGGAAAUGGCUGAUUCCUCAAAACAAACAUCUGCACCAACUGCAGAUAAUGAAGGCAGUGUGACUGACACCCAAGACAAUUUAGGUGAAAAGCAGGAGAGUACAUUUGAGAAGCAGGAUGACACUGUUGUUGAGUCGGAAAAACAAAAGCAUUUAGAUGAACAACCAAUCCAAACAGAGGGAAGUAACUUGAUUGAAAAGCAAGAUACUGCAAUUGAGGAACACGGUGACUCAAAAAAUAGUGUAUCUGAAGCAGAAAAGAAGGAUGAAUUGAUGGAAAAUAAAAAUAUUUUGGAUGAAAAGUUUGAAAAUGCAGCUGAAAGUCAAUCAGAUAUACAAACUUCCAUUCAAGGUUUUUCUGUGGACAAAAGUGAAUCACAUGACGAAUCAGAAAUUAUAGAGUUACAUCCGGAUGAUUCCAAAAUUGAAACAUCUGACAUUGAGAUGAGUAAAGUGUCAGAGCAAGAGAGUAUGGAGGAGCCGAAGCAUGAUGAGGAUCAACAGGUAAGGGUAAGUAUAUCCAGGGAACGAGCUGUGAGUAAUGAAAAAGAAACAGAAAAAAAAGAAAAGACUAAAGAUAAUAAUGAAUCUGGUGUUGUAGAGAAUGAAAAUGAUGAAAGGGAUCUGCGAAAACCAUCAACAGAUUCAGAGCAUGAUAAGGAUACCGAAAAAUCAGAAGUCCACAAGCAACCAUUAGAAAUUGAAAGACAAAACAGUACAGAAACACCACAUUUAGAUACCACACCAACUGUCUGUGAAGAUGUUGCACAGAAUGGUCCAGCACCAACAGUUGUGAAUAGAAAGCGUAGAUGGGGUUCAAGACAUACAAAAUUAACAACACAAAAAUCCAUUACAAUCUCGACUGAUGUGUUAAAGGAAAUUAUACCUGAUGUGAAACCAGUUGAAUUUGAUGAGGUCAUAGAAGAAAAGAAACACAGGAGGGUAGAGGUUCCAGAGAAAAUUGAGCGACCAGUGCUGCCAAAAAUUAUUAUUGACAACACGGAAAGUGUUGAUCACAACAGAAAAGAAAUUGAACCUGACCAAAAGGAUAAAGAAAAUAUAAAGUCAAGAGAAUCGCAUUUGGCAGCAAAUAGAAAAAUAUCCAUAAUACAAGACAAUGAUAGCAUAUUAGCUAGGCCUCCAAGUCCACCAAAGCACAAACAGUCUUCUAUUUUGUACAUAACUAACUUGGUGAGGCCAUUUACAUUGCCUCAACUGAAGAAUCUUUUACAAAGAACGGGAAGGAUUGUGGAAAAUGGAUUUUGGAUAGAUAGGAUCAAAUCUAAAUGUUUUGUUCAAUAUGAGACUGAAGACCAAGCAGUAGAAACAAGGCAUGCAUUGCAUGGUGUUAAAUGGCCAGUUUCAAAUCCCAAAACAUUGCAAGUGGAUUUCUCUACGCCAGAUGCAUUUGACAAGGCCAAGAGUAAUGAAGAUGCUGAUAAUGCUCAGACAUCGACAAUACCUGGCACGGUAGAGGACUGGCUUCGAGAGCAAGACCAAAAGAGGGAGAGAGGGGAGGUGGUCAAUGAGAAGCCGUGGGAACGAAAAGCAGCUAUGCGCGAAUGGGAUGUUGGCAAAAAUGAAAAGAAUGAAAAAGAAAGAGAAAAAGUGCGGCGUGAGGAACGACCGCCAGAGAAAAGACGUCACCGCUCACAGGAAAGAAGCCCUGAGCCAGCAAGGAAAUUUAAGAAAAAGGAAGAAGAAGCACCUGCUAAGUUGUUAGAUGAUCUAUUUAGAAAGACGAAAACUACACCGUGCAUAUAUUGGUUGCCGCUCUCAGCUGAAACUAUAGCUAUAAAGGAGGAACAGCGGCGACAGCACAUGGCUGAAUACGAGCGGCGGAUGCAGGAGCAGCGCCGACCGCAUCGACUAUGCCUCUUCCUCAACCAUAUUAUUUUGGUGUCGUGGUGGUACACGCUGGCAGCGGUGGUGGCGGUAGCGGCGGCGCAGCAACAAACUCCUUUCACGCUCCAGGAGUUCAUUUCUGGACAGUUCACACAGCGAGGCUUCAAUGGCACAUGGAUUUCAGAUACGGAGCUGACAUUCACAAAAGCUGGUGAGGCUGGCAUCCACAUGUUUGACGUCACCACUUUGAAUUCUACUGUGCUCGUCGAGGGUGAUCUUAUGGCUUUCCUGAAUACUACCCGCCCUAUUUUAUCAGCAGACAGAAGUUACAUUUUAGCACCUAGUCAAGUAGAGCAGGUUUAUCGACACUCAACAACAGCUAGAUACGCUCUAUAUAAUAUCGAGACACGUGCUGUGAACUACAUCGCCGGGAACAACCGUCUCCAGUUGUGCAUAUUUGGCGGUGGCCAUUCUCUAGCGUAUGUGAUGGACAACAAUUUGUAUUACUUACCAGAAAAUACCACAAAUGCUAUUCAAUUGACGACUGACGGUAUUCCUGGCGUGGUAUACAACGGUCACACGGACUGGGUGUAUGAAGAGGACGUUAUGGGGACCGGACAAGCGACGUGGUUCUCUACGGAAGGAUCCUAUCUAGCAUUCGCCACUUUCAACGACACAGAAGUUGAAACUUAUUCGUACUACUACUAUGUGGACAAAAGUAACCCUGACGAUGUUUACCCUGAGCUUGUUAAUCUUAAAUAUCCCAAGGUUGGGCGCACCAAUCCAACAGUCGUUCUCCGCGUGGUAAACCUACGUGCUCUAGUUCAAACAAAUGUCGUGUCAUUCAUCACUAUGGAGCCUCCUGUUUCUGUUUCCACGGAUCACAUCCUCGGAGGCGUCACGUGGCCCACAGACAACGAAAUCGCCAUGCACUGGCUCAACAGACGUCAGAAUUACACCGUGCUGCAGAUUUGCAAUGUAGUCACUAUGCGUUGUGAGGAAGAGCACCGCCAACAGCCCAACGGUUGGGUACCAAUCGCAUUGCCACGCUUCAGCAAAAAUGGCGACUUUUAUGUAUCAACCCGCUGGUCUUUGGAGCAGGCUGACGGUAACAUCUGGCAGCAUCUUUACGUCAGUAUGAGACUCGACGGUCAGAUCAUCUCUAGUUCCAUUACUCCUGGAGCCUUCACUGUUAACAAUUACGUUGGACUGGAUGAAGAGAAUCUCUCCUACUAUUACACCCGCACGGUGACGGACGCGCCGUGGCAGUCUGAAGUGCACGUGUCGGGCGCCACCAGGGGCUGUCUGAGCUGCAACCUGGUGCUGCCCGACGGAGGCCCCUGCACCUGGGCCACCGCCACCGCCAGCCGCGACGGCUCCUACCUCACCAUCACCUGCUCCUCCCCCAAUGAGCCUUCGGCUACAUUCAUUAUUAACCCUAGGACCCGUCAAACUCUAUUCCUCUGGGAAGACAACAACAUAGUCCGUCAGCGAUUGGUGAACAAGAUCCGUCCAGGCAGCAUCAUCACGACAGUACCGCUGCAGAACGGCUUCCCGGCGCCCGUGCGCCUGCACCUGCCUCCAGGCCUGGACGUCAACGACACCACUACCAAGUACCCCGUGGUGUUUUACGUGUACUCCGGACCUAAUACUAACACUGUUUAUGAUCAGUUCACUGUUGGUUAUCACUCGUACCUGGCCACGAGCCGAAACAUUAUCUACUUAUUGGCUGAUGGACGGGGCUCGGGUCUCAAGGGACAGGAGAUUCUAUAUUCCCUCAACAAUGCUCUUGGCACUGUGGAAAUUGAGGACCAUUCCGUAAUAUUAAGGGAAGUACUAAACCGGUACAAGUUCAUAGACCCUGAGAGGGUCGGUAUCUGGGGCCACAGCUACGGUGGUUAUGCAACGCUGCUGACUCUUGCGCACGAUGAUGAAAAGCUCUUCACGUGCGGAGUCUCCGGAGCGCCUGUCACCUCUUGGCUCUACUAUAACACAAUGUACACUGAACGUUAUAUGGGCUUGCCUACGGAAGAAGAUAACCUAUCUGGGUACCAAGCUGGUGACGUCACGUUGUUAGUGGACAAGCUGAGAGGCAAAGACUUCUACCUGAUGCAUGGCAAUGCUGAUGACAACGUGCACUAUCAAAACGCGGCCAAGCUGAUCACAGCGUUGACGGAACGCAACAUACCUUUUGAACAAAUGUCAUACCCCGACGAAGCUCACAGUUUGACCGGAGUGAAUUUGCACCGAUACAACACCAUGGACCGCUAUUGGACACGCUGCCUUAAAUUAUAACUUCAAUUUAAAUUAGAAUAGAAUUAGGGAAUCCAAUUGCCUCAAUACAAUAGAGGUAAUUGUGAAAAAAAUAAAUCUUUUGAAAAUCAGAUCGCAUUAAACAUAAUUAAACACAGUUGGUAUUUAUUUAAAUAGUGUAUUUUGUAGCAAAUAUUACUUUUGUCUUCAGAAAUGAAAUCAUUGAUUCAAUAAAAGUACGACGUGUUAAAUAAUUAUAUAUGUAAUGUGAACGUGUGCUAUUUGUUUGUAACUUUUUUAAAUAUAUUUUUUUACAUGAA